CCUGCCCCUCCACAACACGAAGGCUGCGGUUCGGGGAGUGAAUCGAUUGACUCCAGAUCGGAUCUUAGCGGACCGGCCGGUUACGGCGCACAACUCGACGCAGAGAGGGAGACACGAAGCGUCGGCGGGUACUUCCUGGUUCGCUACCCGGGCUGUGUCGUCACCAGCAGGGGGAUCCGGGUUAGGGAAUGAGUUCACAUCCCCUUCGACAUACUACCGAGAUUUCCAUAUGAAUGAAACAGCAUAGCGUCGAAACCCGGGCUUGAAACCGUUCCAUGUCGUGGCCCAGCGGGGCGGGACUCGAUAGGUUAGAAGGGGUGUGCACAAACACACACAGGAGGGACUCGAGCUGAACGCAGGUCCACACACACACGCACACACCUUUUGGUGGCUUCGAGCCCACUGACUGAUUAAGGAUUGCUUGCAAAGUUUCUUCGACAUACCGAGGAGUUUGAGUAUGUGGGCGUGGCCUCCCCAGGUCUAGAUCUCGAUGAAGAACUCCUCCGCCUCCUCCCACCGCACGCGGGAGAUCGACUACCGCGCGGGCUACCUGCGCCCGGAGCACUGCGCCCCGCCCCCGCCCCGGCCCGGCUCAGGCCGCAUGUGGUUCAUCCGCGACGGCUGCGGCAUCACAUGCGGCGUGAUCACCUGGAUGCUGGUGCUCUACGCCCAGUUCGUGGUGGCCUUCGUCAUGCUGCUGCCCGCCCGGAACCUCCUCUACAGCCUGGUGAACGGUGCCCUCUUCAACAGCCUGGCCGUGCUGGCGCUGGCCUCGCACGCGCGCGCCAUGUGCACCGACCCGGGGGCGGUGCCCAAGGGGAACGCCACCAAGGAGUUCAUAGAGAGCCUGCAGCUGAAGCCGGGCCAGGUGGUCUACAAGUGCCCCAAGUGCUGCAGCAUCAAGCCCGACCGCGCCCACCACUGCAGUGUGUGCAAGCGCUGCAUUAAGAAGAUGGACCACCACUGCCCCUGGGUCAACAACUGUGUCGGAGAGAACAACCAGAAGUACUUUGUGCUCUUCACAAUGUACAUCGCCCUCAUCUCGCUCCACGCCCUCCUCCUGGUGGCGUUCCACUUCCUCCUGUGCUACGAGUCCGACUGGACAAAAUGCAGUAACUUCUCACCCCCGGCGACGGUCAUCUUCCUCAUCCUCCUCUGCUUCGAAGGCCUCCUCUUCCUCCUCUUCACCUCGGUCAUGUUCGGCACGCAGGUGCACUCCAUCUGCUCCGACGAGACGGGCAUCGAGCAGCUGAAGAAGGAGGAGAGGCGCUGGGCCAAGCGUUCCCGCUGGAUGAGCCUGAAGGUGGUGUUCGGUCACCCCUUCUCCAUCUCCUGGCUCAGCCCCUUCGCCACGCCCGACCACGGCAAGGCCGACGCCUACCAGUACAUUGUCUAGGAGUCGGGACCCCCAGGGAACGUCAAUGUCCCCCCCCCCCCCCCCUCGUCCACCCACCCAGCAGGGGGUUAGGUCGCGCCCCGACUGUGGGACCUGCUGCUCAGGGGAGGGGGGGGGGAUGUGAACUCGUGGUGUGAGAAGGGAUUGGAUGCAAGUGUUAUCUGGACCAAGGCUGGAACUUUAAAGAGACACGGUGCCUUCCUAAACCACCCCGUUAUGAUUGUCCUUCCUCUUUUCGUGCGUUCUAUUCAUCGUCUUUCAAGGCCUUCUUAAGAGAUUACGUCUCGAGGAAAUCUGGAUUGUGUGUUUUUUUGGUGAACUCCUCAUUGACGUUUUGUUUAAUGCUUCGUGCUCAUCUAUAUAUAUUUUUUUUACUCGGUGCAGAAAUAACCUUUGCAGUACACUCAGCGUUCUCCAAAUGAUCCAACCCAGCAGUUGUGGAUGUUUGGUGACGACACAAACCAUUUUUCCAACAGCGCCUGAAUUGUGUCUCCGAGGCGUUCUAGAAUGUUGAACGACUGAAGAAGCUUUCAGUGGGUGUUCCAGAACGCCGGUUUCCGUGGGCGUCGUAGAAUUUCGCCCAAAACAGUCUCGACGGUCGUAGGCUUCCGACAAUUGCAGCUUUGACGCUGCCACCAGUUUUUUUGGUGUUGCUGUAUUCGUUCGGCUGGAACGCUCGCCAUCACCUGAUUGGACGGUGUGGACCUGUGUCGGGGAGGUUAUCUCAUGUUCGGCUGCUCCACCUUCUCACGCGCCGCGUCUGCUGUGGACUUUGGCCCGAGACGCUCCCUUCUGCCAACCCCGCGUCUCGCGCAGCGUUGUCCCUUAUCCAGGUGAUCAGAUAGUCCACUCCUCCUGUUUGGUGUUCAAGUACAAAAAGCUGUGAGUUGUUUGGAUAAAAGCAGGUGGACCUUGAUCUGACCGGCCUGGGCUCCACACAUCGACGCCUCUGGUGCAGAAGGUCCCUGGGUUGACGAGCUCUCCUCUCUGCCUCCUCCUCCAAUCCCAGAGUGGGGUUUAAACCCCCGCCGGGACCUUUGGGCAAGGCAGCCGAGCUGCUACAGGGUCAAACGUAAAAGGAGGCGUUUGUGUGGGGAUUGAACUGAGUACCGGACUGGAGGGACCAGGACUACCAAGGACUGGACCAGGGGCACCGAGGACUGGACCAGGGUCACCAAGGGACUGGACCAGAGGCACCAGGGGACUGGACCAGGAAUACCGAGGACUGGACCAGGACUACCAAGGACUGGACCAGGGCACCAUGGGGAGGUGUACCUGAGGUGUACCUGAGGUGUAUUGGGUCGGUGCUCACCAUGUGUCCAACAGCUGGUGGUUAUUUUUGAUACAUCAACAUACGUGUUUUUUAAUUCGCUACUUGAAGAAUCAUGAACUGCCUUUUUUAAAGUGUUGGGGUACAUGAGAUGAUGUGGGCGUACGACAGUUUGUUCUGCUAUGGUUUAAUAGUUAUUUUUAAUGUGGAUUUCUAAGCCAGCAGACCCACAUUAACUCUUCACAAUGGGAGGUUAAUUAACAGAGAUGAACCCUGACCUCAACCCUCGGUAUAACACCAUAGAUCGUUAGCCGUCAUCAUGGACAAUCAGACGCACAUCAUGCUAUCCCAUAAUAUUCUCAACUCUAAGCACAUGGUUGAAAACCUGGUAACUGUGGUAACGAAAAACAGUUUGACAUGACACUAUUUUCAGCUCCUGACUAGCCUCAGUUUGGAUGAUGGGUCUUCAUCUAAAUGUGUUGCCAAAUGUGUAUUAUUACGUGAAUCCAGCGGUUAUUUCUGUUUAAAGGUAAAUUCCGGGUGCCACUUAUUUUUAUCCUUGGACGAUUUUAUCAAUGUGUUAUUUUGUUAAACCUUGGCCCAAAUGAAAUAAAAUGUAUGAACAACCCUCCUAUGAAACGUACCAG